AUGGGAAGUCCAAAGCCCACGUCAAACGGGCCGCAGUGGCUACAGUUUACCAUGCAGCAAGCAGCACGCAACACCGAAACUCAUCAUCGAUGGUGGUCGAACAACAACCUUCGCCACAAGGCUGUCCAGUUCGUGAGUGCAGGUGAUUUGCAGCCAAGCGAAUUCCAGGACAUCCACCGAGAGGACCGAGAAGGCUGCGGCCCGAAGGAGGUGAACCCGGAGCAAGAAGAAACCCAGACCCAAGACACGAAUCCGCUAGAGAGAACCCACCAGGAUGCUAUGUUCUUCUUCGACUCAGCCGGAUCUCAAGCCACCAAUACGGGACUCCCCGACCCAGCCAUGCGGUCGAGGUUGUCAGAUUCCGAUGACACCAGCGAGGAUGAAGUCGUCUUCACCGGGCGGCAAAGCACAAGGCCAGCCGUGAUUGAAACCAAGCCAGACGAGCUCAGAGAAAUCCUGCAAAAAACCACGAUUGGGACACCAGCGAUGACAUUGUCCACACCCCCCGAUCGGGCGCCCGAUCCCAACCGUACCAGAGGCACCAAUCCACCCACAGAAAAGAGCCAUGCAUCCCCAUCGGACGUGGAAAAUGAAACCCUGGCCGACUACAUAGCCAACAUGGAUAGCGACUACUACGACGAAGAUACAUGCUCCAACACGCAUCUCGAACCAGAAGGUGGAAUCGACGUCCAUAGAGCGACAGCGCAGUUGGAUUUGUCUACACCAGGCUCCCCCGACUCCCAAACGAGAACCCUGAAUUUCACCCCGAAACAUCACCCGGAUCACGUCGACGUAGAAAGCGAGGCCCGCGUCCAACACUCGAUCGAUGUCCUGGCAAAAAUGUAUCUCGACACCGAUGAAGAACAGGCCAUAGUACUCGGCGAAGAUGAACAAGAUGAGGAUUGCUCAUUCGAGGGUACCGAUUCAGGAUCCGACGACGGGGGUGAUUUUGGGGACAUUGACCUGCUGGAUGACAUGACCGAAACACACACCCGAAUCACAACAAAGAGAGCUCGCGCAACCAGGAAUACAUUUGCAUCGGCAACAGCAUUUGCCGAUGCCCUCGAGUCCGAUCCCUAUUAUGGAUUCGAUGUCAUGGACUUCGACCGGCCAAGCCUACUGAAGAAAGCAAAGGGCAAACAACCUGCAUUCGACCUGAUACUCGCGGAUAGCGAGUUUGAAACACAGCUACAAGAAGCAUGGCAGAAUGACAGAAAGAAGAAAAAGGCCAAGAAGAAAGAGCGAGAAGAGCUCCGUUCGCAGGGAAUACUGGCCAACAAAACUGGAGGCCAAGAUCUCAAGGUCAAGUACUCCAACGGGAUGAACAUGGAGCAAUUGAUAUCCGAAACGCGACACUUCCUCCUGUCACCAAAGAUCAGUCUCGCUUUGCCGCCCAUGACCAAGCAGCGCAGAAAGCUGAUCCAUGAGUUGGCAAACACGCUGAACCUGAAAUCGCAGUCGCGGGGCGAUGGGCUUGCGCGAUUUCCUAUCCUUCACAAAACGGCUCGCACUCCUGGAUAUACGAAAAAGACCAUUUCCAAAGUCGACCACCUCUUGUCUGGGAGGAAGCUCAAUCGCCGGUUGUUCAAGAACUGGGGGUCGGACGCACCCAGGUCCAAAACCAAGCGAGGCAAUGCGGGCGCAGCCGUUUCAUAUAUGGAUGGCGAAGUGGUUGGUGCCUCUGCCCCAGAAAUUGGAGCCGAGAAUCGAGGACGGGCCAUAUUGGAGAAGAUGGGUUGGAGCACAGGUACCGCUCUUGGAGCCACCAACAACAAGGGUAUCUUGUUGCCCGUUGCCCAUGUGGUGAAGAAUUCCCGAGCUGGUCUAGGGUAG